AUUUUUCCUUUCGGGAGGGCGAGCCUCUGAAGGGAUGGGGUGAAGAGAUUGGAGAAACGAGUUCAGUGGCGGCGCAGGCGCUUGCCUGCCUGCCUGCUUAACGCCGCCCUUCCUAUUAGUCUCGCGCGGAAGCCGCUGCCUUCAACUACCUCCUUCACAGCCUUGAGUGGCGCGAGCAAAAAAAAGGGCGCGCGCCGCUUAGCAUUUUCUCCGAGGGUAUAUAAAGGGUCUCUCUGUCAACGAGCCAUGUCAGUUUCCCCUGUGAAGAGGCAGAAGAUGGAGUCGGCAUUGGAGCAGCUCAAGCAGCACACUACGGUGGUGGCCGAUACCGGGGACUUCCAUGCUAUCGAGGAGUACAAGCCUCUGGAUGCCACUACCAAUCCUUCUUUGAUACUAGCUGCAGCCCAGAUGCCAUCCUACCAGCAACUGGUGGAAGAUGCCAUUGCAUAUGGAAGGAACCUUGGUGGGUCAGAAGACAAUCAGGUUAAAAAUGCUUGCGACAAACUUUUUGUAUUGUUUGGAGCAGAAAUACUGAAGAGGAUACCUGGUCGUGUGUCCACAGAAGUAGAUGCAAGGUUGUCUUUUGACAAGGAAGGCAUGGUGAAGAAAGCUAGACACUUCAUAGAUCUUUAUAAGGAGGCAGGAAUUGGAAAAGAUCGUAUCCUCAUCAAGCUGUCAUCAACAUGGGAGGGCAUUCAAGCUGGCAAGAUUCUUGAAGAGCAGCAUGGAAUCCAUUGCAACAUGACCUUGCUGUUUUCCUUUGCUCAGGCUGUUGCAUGUGCAGAGGCAGGCGCCACCCUCAUUUCUCCCUUUGUUGGGCGUAUUCUGGAUUGGCAUGUUGCAAAUACAGACAAAAAACUCUAUGAACCAUCAGAAGACCCAGGGGUGAAAAGUGUCACUAAAAUCUACCAGUACUACAAAAAGUUUGGCUAUAAAACUAUUGUGAUGGGAGCUUCAUUCCGAAACACUGGAGAAAUCAAAGCACUGACUGGUUGUGACUAUCUCACCAUUUCACCCAAGCUUCUAGGAGAGCUCAGUAAAGAUAGCAGCAAGCUAACUCCAGCGCUCACUGUCAAAGAUGCUCAAGCAUAUAAACUGGAGAAGAUCCAUCUGGAUGAGAAAGCAUUCCGUUGGCUCCAUAAUGAAGACCAAAUGGCUGUGGAGAAGUUGUCAGAUGGAAUCAGAAAGUUUGCUGCUGAUGCAGUUAAAUUGGAGCAGAUGAUAAAGGAACAAAUGUUCAGUGCUGAAAAUGGAAAGUAGACAACCCAAACUUCUUGGAAGCUGUGUGGAUGUGCAAAUAUGUAAAUGUUGCGUAUGAAUUGAUUUUAUGUACUCCAGGCUUUUUAUAUACAUUUGCAAAGAAAAAAUACACUCAAUGUUUGUAGCUCUUUGAUAUAUCAGAAUUGAUACUGUUUGGGGACUUCACUGGCUGGGGGAUUGCAAAUGAAUAAAGGACCAAUUAAUUGGAUGGUUUUCUGUCCAAAAUGGUGAUAUUAACAAUUUUCAACAUCCUGGUACAUCAGUGCUUCCACUAGUUGUAACUAAAGUACAAUAGAUACUAUGCUUCAUUCCUAUUUCAUGAAAAGGAUAAUUUGAUAUUGUCCACCUAUUGACAAAGUAAUGUAUUGAAGUAAAAAAUUCUCAGCCAGAUAGUUGACAACUUUAUGCUAUUAUGGACUAUAGCUUCAUGGCACUGAGGGAGAUAUUUGUAUGGAAGGAAACAACUUGGCUGCAUCAAAUGUACGUAAAUCACAGUGAUUCAUUUCAAACAUAAGACCAAACUAUGAUUCAGGAUCUCUAAUUAUGAUUUGAGGUGGGUUUGCAAACUGCUGCUAUAAUUAUGAUUUGAGGCAUGAAUUGACAAACAAUAUAGUGAGGGCCUGGCCUUUUAGGAGUGCCUAAGCUUAAGGAAAACUAAAGGAGACAAGUAGCUCUACUACAAACUUUGGAAAUUCAGACUAUGGUUUGGUAUGAUAUCUGAAUGGCACCAAUGCCUGCACACUUGUAUGAAUGGAUCCUGUAGUUUUGUAUGUGAUUUGCAAGUUACCUAUACUAAUUUAACAGAUAAAUAAAAAUUGGUUUUGCAAAUA